CCCGGAUAACGUUCCCGGGGCUGGGGAUUUGCGCCCAUGUCUUGCAAUCUAAAGUCAUGGCAUCCAACGCUGAUGCUGAGGGGCAGACAAGGUAUUCAUAUGCGGUAUGAUGCGCAGAAUUGUCAUGGGCCUUACUUGAAGAACAUCUCAAGCCUAAUCCUUCAUACACGGGUGUAGAUACCCAACAGGCCAGUGUUUCGUCCCUAUCCUUUUGGUCCAUCAAUUAGUUGUCCUUCUCUUGCUCGCCUUUCAAAUAUUCAAUCUUCAAGUCCAAAGAAAAAUACUACAAUGGGUACCUCGAGCAGAGUCGCGAUCGUGACCGGAGCAAGCUCCGGCAUGGGCCAAGGUCUUAGUCGUGAUCUCGUGAGCAAAGGCUGGAAAGUUGCCAUGGCAGAUAUCCAGCCAAACGCAGAACUGUCGAAAGAGCUUGGCGAGGGAGCCGAUUUCUUCCAGACAGACGUAGCCGACUACAAUAGUCAAGCAAAGACUUUUCAGGCCGUAUUCGACAAGUAUGGAAGGAUCGAUGCGCUGUGCGCGAAUGCCGGCAUUGUAGAUAAAAGCUCAAUCUACAUAUUCAACCACCGGGGGUCAGACAAGAUCCCGCCGGCGCCGAGUACGCUAUGUACCGAUGUCGACUACAAAGGUGUUGUUUACGGAACACAGCUCGCUAUCCACUUCAUGAGGAAGAACAAAGUACCAGGUGGUAAGAUCGUGACGACCGUGAGCGCUGCUGCACUAUAUCCUCAUGAGACUUAUCCCGAGUACGAUGGCGCAAAGGCCGCUGUAUUGAACUUUGUCCGGGCAACAUCUCGAGUGCUCAAGAUCAAAGAGAAUAUUACAACAAACGCUGUACUUCCCGGUAUCGUCCACACGAACAUCAUUCCACAGGAAAUGGUAGAUGCGGUAUCUCCUGAAUGUAUGACGCCAAUCUCCUGCAUAAUAUCCGCCUAUCACUUGUUCCUUGAUGAAGCUGCAAACGAGAUCACCGGAAAAGCGGUUGAGUGCUCAGCAGACAAGCAUUUCUUCCACGAAAAGCCCCCUUACGCAAACGGUGACAUCACCAAGAGAACGGUAACGGUCUGGGAUCCGUUGUUUAAGAUGUACCAUCAUGAACUUUCUGAGUUGCCAGAUGCCAUUCCAUAG